AUGGGAAACAUGUCCGAAGAAAGGUUUGACGAAACUUCAUUCCACUUAGUGACAUCUUUACUGAUUAAAAAUUCUUCUGUGGCUGAUUUGUGGAAAUUAGAUACUAUAGGUAUAAAGGAUCCUACUGAAACAAGAACUAAGGAAGAAACGGAACAGUCCAUUCUUCAGCAUUUUCGAAAAACCGUUCAGAGAGAUGAAAAUGGCCGUUACAUCGUCAAACGACCUUGGUUAGAGACGUACGAGACGUUAAGUGAAAACAAAGACAUAGCUGAAAAAAGAUGCAUAACUACUACUCAGAAACUUCAUAAAGAAGGAAAAUACGAUGACUAUGAGGCUGUAUUUAAGAAAUGGUUACAGGAAACUAUCAUGGAAGAAGUACCAGAUAGUGAAUUGGGAAAUCCUUGUCAUUAUUUGCCUCAUAGAGGUAUUUUUAAAGGAAAUUCUACUACGAAGGUAGGCCCUAUAUUUGAUGCUUCGUGUAGAAGUAAGAACUCACUUUCGCUCAACGACUGUCUAGAAACAGGACCAAAUCUUAUCGAAAAAAUUCCUCCAUUACUUAUGAGAUUUCGUCAGAAAGAAAUUGGUGUAGUUUCGGAUAUAAAAAAGGCCUAUUUCAGAUAUCUGUGGCCAAAAAAGACCAAGAUUUUCUUAGAUUCAUAUGGUGGAAAGAUUAUAAGGAAAGAAAACAAAAAAUUUAUCGUCACCGACGAGUAG